GUCAGUGAUAAAGCACACAUCCCUCUAAAAAAAAUGCGGAUUUGUUUUGUGUUAUGUAUUGGGCUAGCCACAUUCGCUACUCUAUGUUCAGCACGACCAGCCGAAAAUGACGCUGAUUAUGACGAAGAACCAGCACCACCCCCAAAGAAACCUUCAAGGCCUCUUACGAGCAGAAGAAAUCCGUUAAACUCGAGGAGUAAUGCUAAACCUGCUUCUAGUACUACUACAACCACAGUUGCGCCAGAAGAAGAAGAAAUAGUUGACGAAGGCGAUUACGACGAAGAACCACCAGCAGAACAAGAAGCAAGUUCGACGACGGAAGCACCGAAAAAGAAUUUUCUUAAAACAGGAGUGGUGAGACCGUUCAGGAGCAACGACGAACUUCUGGCAGCUUUAAAAAAAAGAAGGGAACAAGCAGCAACUAAUAAAGUACAUAAGCCAAUACAAUCAGAAGACCAAAGCGCACCUGCGGUAGCAGCCGUGGAACCAGAAGCUCCGAAAAAGAGUACGGCAGCUUCUUCUGGGCGAAGGAAUAGGUUUAACUCGAAAGAAAAGAUACAGGAAAGUGGAGCUGAGGAAGCUGCACCUGUUAAAUCAGGUCGAAGAUUUGGUGGGAGAAGUUAGAUAACUGUUUUUUUUUUAAAUAAAUAUAAUGAGAUUUAACAGAUGAUUUAUUUACAUAAACCUUUUAGCUUGGUUGUUAUGACCCUAAAUAUCUCAAUGGGAGUCAAAUUGUACAUCAUAUAAUACUAAAUAUCUCAGAAAAUAUCGAUUAUAGAAAAAAAAGUUUAAAGUAAGAAAUGAAGCUCGUAAAAAGCUCUGCAAAAGAGAUUAUAAACAUUUUUUACAUAAACCUUUUCGUUUGGUUGUUAUGACCCUAAAUAUCUCGAUAGGAGACAAAUUGUAUAUCAUAUAAUACUAAAUAUCUCAGAAAAUACCGAUUUUUGAAAAAAAAGUUUCAAAUAAAAAAUGAAGCUCAUAAAAAGCUUUACAAUAAAGGUCGAAUAUAUUUUUUACCUAAACCUAUUCGUUUGGUUGUUAUGACCCCAAAUAACUCGACAGAAGUCAAAAUGACUAUAUAUACAUAAUCUAACUCAAUCUUCCCCAAGUGGAUAAACGAGCAUAAGUUACCCCCUGUAAUCGGCGUGCUACACUUAUUUGUAACCACUGUGUUCAAAGUAAAACAUUUUUGAUCUACUAAGCAAAAAAUAAAGAAAAUAAGCAUAAGAAAUGCUUCAAAACAAUUAAAGGACACCGCCAAUGAUAUUUACUUUUUUCCUCACCCUGUAUAUAGUUAUUCGUCGAUACUUCUACUCGA